CCGAAGAACCUCAUCACUGCUCUCUUUUUUAAAUUGGGCUUGUUUGGUGAUGGCAGCCCUGUCUGUGAAUAUUGCCACAGACAACAUGUUACUCCAUAUCCUCUUUCUUUCAGGUGCUUUGGCUACUUGUCCUCAAGAGUCAAACCUCUUCAUUACUGUACCACAGAUGGAAGCUCUGAGUGGGUCUUGUUUACAAAUCCCAUGUAACUUUAGCGCUGAACCCGAAAUACCGCUUAAUAACAGCAAUUAUGUCGGACUCUGGACUAUAGAUGAUUCUAAUCAUAAACCAAACAUUGUGGUUUUCAGCAGUAAAAACACAGUUAACAUCUAUCCAAUGAAUAUUACUGGAAACCUGAGUGAGAAAGACUGCACCACUUUAUUUUCCAGUUUAAACAUAAAUUACACAAACACAUACUACUUCAGAAUUGAGACCAACGGUACAUUCAGGGCAACAGCUAUUUGUGAUCCUCUUCAAAUAACAGUUACAGAUUCCCCCCCGAUCCCCAGAAUUGAGAUCUCAGGUGAUCUGAAGGAGAAGGAGUCUGUCACUAUAAGCUGCUCAGCUUCCACUCCCUGUCCACACUCCCCUCCUAAACUCACCUGGAAUCUCCAACAAGACCCUCCCAACAACAUAGAGGAGAACACAGAUCGGACCUUCACAACUAAAAUCCAGGAGACCAUCACUCUGUCAGACACACAUGAUGGAUUCACCAUCAACUGUUCUGCCACAUAUCCUGUGAAUGAAGGAAGAGAAGUCAAGACAGCAGAGGAGAGAAAGACUCUCAAUGUUUCAUAUGCUCCCAAGGACACCUCAGUGUCCAUCAGUCCAUCAGGUUUGGUGUCAGCAGGUAGCUGGGUGAACCUGACCUGCUACAGCAGAGCCAAGCCUCCCGCCAGUUUCAGCUGGUUCAAGAACAGCAAAGAUGGAGCCAUCAGAGUAGCUGAAGGAGACUUUUACAGCUUCAAUGUCACUGAUGUCACUGAUGGAGAUUAUUACUGUGUGGCCACAAACAAUCUUGGUAAUGAAACAUCAUCAACAAUCCAUCUGAAUGUUAAAGCUGAAUCUCCUGAUCCAUCUCUACCAUUGGAGCCAGUUAUUGGAGGAAUCAUUGGGAUCAUCGUUCUCAUCUCCCUGGUGAGUCAAACAGGUGAAGAGCUGACUGUUAAAGAGCCAGCAAGAAAAACACAAGAAGAAGAAGAAGAAAAAGAAGAAGACAUCCAUUAUGGAGAGAUCGACUUCUCCAAGCAGAGACCUGAAGCGUCCUCGUCCUCGGAGCAGGACAGUGGACAGCAGCAGGACACGCUGUAUGCACAGGUCAAAGUGUCCCAGACAGCAAACAGCCGAACACAGACUGCUGACAGUCCAGAGGACCUCUAUGCUCAAGUGAAGAAAAAAUAG